AUGUCAAAGCAGGCAUCAAGCUCGAAGGCGGCUGCUGGAGCGGCCGCCAGUUCCUCCACCAAGCUGAAAGGCAAGGGCAAGAAAGGGGAGAAAGUGCCGGAGCAGUUAACUCAGGUUGAGCUCGAGAAGAUCGAACAGAAAAUCUCAGAGAAGGUUCCAAAUCCCCGCGAAUAUCUCGAAGUCGAAAAGCGGACGGCGAUUGCAAAGAAAAAGGCGUUCGUUGGAUAUACGUACAUCGACUUCACACACGAGGAGCAGCCCGAAAUUCAAUUUAGAACGUGGAACGUCCGAAGAUACGACUCGGGGAAAGCUGCGACGUUGGGUAACUACAUGAUUGCAAACGGAGUGAAGCGAAUUGAUGAGGAGAGCAUACUGAUGAUUCCGUUGAGAAUAGGAGAAGAGAUCUCUGAGGAGAACGCAGCGGAGCUUCGAACGUGGUGCGACCUCGGCAUGUUCGUGGAGAAAGGCUUUGACACACCUGGCUGGAAGUCGUUGUACGAAUUCCUCGAGAAGAUCCCAUUCCUACGACCUGUUGGUGGUCAGCACCGUUGCGGCGCCAUCCUUUUUGUAAUACUGAAGAACAAGAAGGAUGAGGAGUCGUCGUUGCAGCAGCUUUACGUAAUGACGAAAGACCUAGACAAGCUCAAGGCGAAUCUCGCCAGGGAUGCGUCAAAGAACGACACGAUAAUGGAAGACGAUGUUCUACGGCGGCAAAUUGCUUCGCUCGAGGAAGACAUCACUGCCCUGCAAGUCAAGAUCGCUGGCCUGAAGGCUGAGGCGAAGCUGAAGGGAAAGUGGGCUGUCGCAAUUUACGACGAGAACGAGCUCGAGCUCGAACACCUUCAUACCAUGGCGCGUAAUCAGCACGACCCGAUAUACCGCGAGACCCUCGAGGAGUGGUUGAUGGCGCAGGGCACGAAACUCGCAUUAUUCCACUGGGGACUGAUCUAUACGACAAGAACGAACACACGCGACAUCGUGUUGGAAGCACGUGAAAAGUUUCUCAAGAAGCUCCAGGCGGAGAAGACUUCGAAGAUGCGCAUGCGGCCGGAGGAGAGUGAGAGCGUUAAUGCAGAGCAGAGGGCGCAAGCAGACGUCGAGGGGGUGGAUAUGCUGAUAAAGCCUGCGACUAUCCAGGACGCGAACGCGAAGAAGGCAGCGGCAAACAAGAGGGCGAGAGCGACACGAUCGGCAGCGGACGAGGCAGCGAAAGCGACCGGGACAGGAGCGCGAAAGUCGGGGACGGUCAUGGCCCUCCUGCGGUCGCCGCACUCGCUGAACGCAAUCAUUCGCCUCGUGACGAUAAAGCGACAUGUGACCGAGUCGCCGCUGUGGAGGGUGAAUAAUUUAGUGAAACAUCUACUGGGGACGUAUGGGGGGAUUUUCAGCGAGAUAAUGGACACGCUCUGGGAACGGUUUGAGGGACUUUGCCGGCUAACGAAGGACUUUCCAUCGGACGAGGAAAUACAUAACGACUUGGUUCUCGUGAAGAACGCAAAGCUUUCAACAGCUCGUGAGAAGGAAAAGAUGCGUAAGACUAAGAAGAGGCUGUGGGCUGCGGCUGUUGGCAACACGCAGCUCGAGCCUGCAUGGUCAUUUCUGGACGCGAUGCUGGAUCCAAUCGACGAUGUCUACAAGCAGACGAUUGGAACGGGGACUUCGGAGCUAUCAGGCGCCGAGCUCCUGUUAUCGGCGAUUCCUGUGCGAGCCGAUGUUGACAUGGCGGACCUCAACAACAAGAUUGAUCAAUACAAGCUCGUUGUCGUCAUGAAAGUCCGUCAGCUAGCGGCAGAGAAGGUCAACGACGAGACCAUCUCGUUGUUUGAGAAGUCGCUUUGGCAGCAAGCGGCAUCAAAAGUCUCGAUUUUCAUGGAGAUUACUGGCCAGCCCGAAUCGUACAUUGGAUGGAUGCCGUUCCCGACGCGAUCGGCCUUACACGGGAUUUGCACGCGCCUCUCUUGCCAGAGCGACGCAAUUACUGAGAUCUGCACUUGGUUUGACCGCACCAUCCCAUACACCCUCUACAAGAUGUCGAACAGCGAACACUACUCGCGCGACUACUCCGAUGCCGCUGGCCGCACAUUCGAAAAUCCCAACAGCACCAUUCUCCACGACUCCAUACCAGCGGCACGUCGCCAAGCAAGUCCCAUUUCUAUUCAAAUCCUGAUGUGGACUAUAUACAACCAAUCACCAAUAAAUGGCUAUCAAUUUCAGCUCUGGCUCCGCUCAAGCACCACUGGUACCCUUCGACACCCUCCUCGCCUUCUCAACAAAGGUGAUCAUGUGAACUGGUUCCGGGACCGUUGUUAUAACAGCCACGAGACCGAUGUCCUCGAGGGCAUCCAGGCGUACUACGAGCGCUCUGAGAAAAAGGAUUCACAACACGACUUUGUCCAAAAAAAAGUCACCGAGCUUUUUGAGACCGGCACGAAGUCUACAGCCAAGAAAGUGGAUGGUGGUGAUGCUGCUGUUCAGGAUGGAAAGAAAGCCGGCAACAAGGACAAGAUGCAGAAGAAGGAGAAAGGCAAGGACAAAGCACCAGCAAAGGACAAGGCCAAGAAGAAGUCCAAGCAGAAGGCCACUGAGGAUGCUGAUCACGCUGAGGAUAGCAGUGAUGGCAAUGGCGACGACGACGAUGAUGACGACGACGACGAUGAGAGCAAUCAACGGAGGAAGACCAGCUCCCAGUCGCUGGGCAAGGGCUCUCGCACUCUCAAGCAAAACCAAAUCACUGACAUCGCUGCCUACAAAAUCUGGCUCGAUGGCAUGUCUGCCAACACUGCCGCCGUCCAAUGCUCCUCUACCGUCGAUGUCCUCGCCCCUAUGAUAGCCAAGUGGACAGGCCUAUCCAACGCUCUUUGGACGUCCAAUUGUGUUGCGGGCCCCCUCACCUCACUUCCUGGCAGGCUGCUCGUUCGUUCACACUACAACUUUCCCGGCGUUCGAACCAAAGGCGUCAGACCCCUCAUCAAGCCCAUAGUUGUCUCCAUGGCCUUUGAAGAGGCUUACAUCAAGCAUUAUCUUCGUGCUAUGUUCGAGCAAUGCUACUAUGCCUACGCUUAUCGGAAGGCAUUGGAGAAGGCCCUCGCCAGUCAUGUCAACCGCAAUCUCACCACUUCUCACAGCGCAGCCAUCCUCUCUCUUCAAAACUCUUGGACUUGGCCUGACGAUGUCUCCACCAGUUCGAUCAUCCCUGCACCGUCAGCUCCGCAAUCCAUCGUGCUCAUUGACGAUAUCAAGUACGACCUGGAACGUCAGAUGUAUAUCAGUAUUGAGCAGAAGAAGAUUCACACCGCCAUAACCCAGCUCCUCAGCAGCCCUGCCGCAAAGGGUUGGAAUCAUGAGACACUCAGUAUCUCUCAACACUCCGUUGCAUCAUCAGUUUUUGGACCUGCCGACCUCUUAUAUCGGGCUAUGAUGCUGAACGUCGGUAGAAACUUCCAACGCAUCAAAGCUGCAGAAGACGAUUCCGAUGACUCAGAAGCCGACGAAGAGAACAGCGAAGACUCUGUUUGGCAUUGGAAGAAUGAUCCCGACCUCGUCAAACAGCAUUCCUUCACUGUACCAUCUGGCCUUCGCCUUCUUAAAGACAGAUUCACAUCGGGUGAGCUUCCUGUAGAAGCGAUCACCGGUGUCACUCCUGCUACAAACGAAAAGCAGCGAGGCAGCAGCAUCGAGAACCAGCAGGAUGAGCAAGGUGAGCAAGAUGAGAAGGAUCAUCAGGACCAGCAGGACUCACAGGACCCACAAGGCGAGGACGACACUUCCAGUUCAGACAAGGACUCGAUGGCUGUCGACCGUGAUGCGUCUGGCAUGUCCGCCAUUUCCAAGGCCAAAAAGAUAUCAUCAUCAUCAGCACGGCAAGCACCAGCGACUCAGAAGGCAAAGGCAAAGGAGCAGCCGAAGCCUGGCGUUCAGGACGAUGUCGAGAUGACGGACUCGAUUGAUUCAGCCAGCACAACAUCGACCAUAACGAAGAAGGUCGUGGUGGCAACCAAUGUGGCCGAGAACGACAGCUCCUCUGUGCAUGCUGACGACAGUAUUGGCACUACCCCAUCCCUCUUGCCUCCACCAGAGAUCGAGGCCACAGGUGGUAAGGCUCCGAAGCCUCGACUGAAGCCUCGACCCACUUACAGAGGUGCUCCGUCUACUCCUGUUCGUGCCAAAGGGUCCAAGCGAAAGCAGCCUGAAUAUCGAACUCCUCCAGGGAAGAACCAAACAUCGACGGAGAGUGGAUGUGAUGGUCAGGAGCUGGGUGAGAGCUCACCUGGUUCAGGAACAUCGCCGAUGCAUAAGAAGCCGCGCCCUGAUGGUGACAGCUCGGACACCUAUCCACCUAAUGACACUAUAAUGCAGGUCGAUAAGCCUUGCGACUCUGCCUCUCGUGCUACUCCUGCGACCCUGCCACGGCCUAAACCUUUGUCUACUCCAUCUGAACUUGAGGGGGACCAAGGAGAUGCUGAUAGAGAAGGCGGUAGCAGCAGCGAAAGCAAGGAAGGCAGCUCAGGCAAGGAAGACAGGGAGAACGAGGACGGGGAGAACGGGGACGGAGAGAACGAGGACGGGGAGAACGAGGACGGGGAGAACGAGGACGGGGAGAACGAGGACGGGGAGAACGAGGACGAGGAGAACGAGGACGGGGAGAACGAGGACGUGGAAGAUGAAGAGAACAAGCACGAGGGCAGGGACGCGAGCACAAACACCGGCAAUAGCGGAAAGGCCAGCGCAACACAAAGGCCCUCAUCUCUCCCGAUGUCACAGCAGGCUUUGCCAACUUCUUCACCGCAAGUUUUGUCGUCAACCCAGGGUGAGGAUGUUGAAAUGACUCAACCUCGUCCGUUUACGCAGCAAGACCCAUGGCAUACAGAAAUUCCACUAACUGCUGCACAGAUAGCCAUGUUACCUACUGCUUUUGUACUGCCCUCAAGCUCCCCUUCCUCCCCGCUACCACGCCGUUCUUCUGUCUCACAAUCCACACCACCGCAUGACAGCUUUGACGAUGUCGAACUUGCUGAAAUGGAGCUGGACCCCUCUGCUGGCACCAAUGAGGCUCACACGCCAGCUGCUGAGAAGAACCCUGCAUCUGCUUCGUUAUCUACUCGUGCACACUUUACUCGCUCCCACCGUGCACAGCGCGACAACAUUGACAGCGAAGAACUUCCACAAACAGCCCCUCGCUUGCCCACCACAACCAAGCAGAGGCCACCUCAAACUUCUGCUUCUCAAUCCGGUCUGAAGGCCGGCUUUAUACGAACCAGUGACAUUGCUUAG